UCUCAUAACCUACAUGCGUAGCCAGAUAUCCCACAGAAGGAGACAUUUCUGCAUGGCUGGGCCGGUCAUCACCAAACGUGAAAAUGACCAAAAACAGUUCUGUCAAAAACUCAGACCAAGGUGAGAUAUGUGAGUCUCCUUUGUCAACAUUUCCUUGUAGUGGAAAGGGUUUUAGGAUUUUCACCAUCACUGCCCACUACAAAAAGGCUCUGACAUCACAUGUGCGACAUUAGGCACAGCGGUAGCACAGGAGGUGGAGUAGAUUGUCCAGUAGGGCUGGUCAAUAAAUUCGUUAUCGAAAUUUCUGACCUUAACCGAUAUCGUUUUUCACAUGUCAGUUAAUGUGAUAAUAAAACAAAUGAACAUUUCCCAUGUGUGUGAUGCCUGCAUGUAAUUUCAAUAAUUAAAUAUAUGCAUAUUAAUUCAUUGUCACCAACUUUUUCCUGCGUGCGUGUGUGUGCGUGCACGUGUGUGUUUGUAUUUUGAUGCCACUGCCUUGCAAAUAUCCAGAAGUCGUAUUGUUUAAAAGCAUAAUUAUUUAGUUGCCACCAGAGGAGUUCAUAGAAAGUUAGACUGUAUUAGACUCCCUCUUUGCCGUGUGCUGCUACAAACACACUCACAUGACCUGCUCGGGUGUGUUUACUACCUCAGAGACAGAGGGAGAAGAGAUUCACUGUAAUCCUUCAAAUACACCCACUGUCCUCCCUCUCCUCCCUCUUCCUUGAGUCCCGGUCGACUCUGCUUGGUCCACAGAACAGUCCUUCACUUGUGGAGUAAUGCUGCCUGGAUCCUGGAAUCAUUGCUCAGCUAUGCAAUAAAGAAGAGGAUUAGCAGAGCCGAGCGCCACUGCGAGGAUUUGGUGUUUUGGCCCUAUAUCCUUCACCGGGCUGACUGAGAGACUACAUUCUCAUUCUGCCUCUUUAAAUUUUCAUUAUUUCUCAUCAUUCUGGUUCUUCCUCGCUUUCACCGAUCUCCACCAUGACCUUGUCUGAGGACCAGUCUGCGAGGCCCCAGCCCUGUUUGAUCACAGAGCCCGGAAAGCAUAUCAGCACAUCGUUGCACCAGCACACAACAGAACACAUUGGCUCCAAAGAGGACUAUAUGGACAGCGAGGAGAAUGGUGUGUUUGGAGUCGUGGAGCCCCCCAGGCGCUCUCGGGGUCGCCUCGUCCUCCACAGCCUGGUGAUGUUUGGUAGGGAGUUCUGCUACGCUGUGGAGGCAGCCUUCGUCACACCGGUGCUCCUGAGCGUCGGCUUGCCUCGGAGCCUCUACAGCCUGGUGUGGCUGAUCAGCCCCAUCCUGGGCUUCCUGCUUCAACCCAUCAUCGGCUCAGCCAGUGACUACUGCCGCUCACAGUGGGGCAGGCGGAGGCCCUACAUCCUGGUCCUUGGCAUCCUCAUGCUGCUGGGAAUCAGCAUGUUCCUCAACGGAGAUGCUGUCAUCUCAGUUCUGGUCAGGGACAGGUCGUUGAAGAGUAUUUGGGCCAUUGUGGUGGUGAUGUUCGGGGUCGUGCUGUUUGACUUUGCAGCUGAUUUCAUUGAUGGACCCAUCAAGGCCUACUUGUUUGAUGUGUGCUCACACCAAGACAAGGAACGAGGUCUGCACUACCACGCUCUGUUUACAGGUCUGGGGGGUGCUUGUGGUUACCUGGUGGGAGCUAUGGACUGGGGCCACUCUGUGAUGGGUCGCCUGCUGGGUUCUGAGUACCAAGUCAUCUACUUCUUCUCAGCGAUCACCUGGGGCUUCUUCCUCACGGUGCACCUCUUCAGUAUUCCAGAGAAACCUCUGGACAGAGACCCAUCUGCCGCUGAUUCCUCAUCCGCCAGCGCCCUUCGCUUGCUGGGCUCACAAAGCAAUGGUUAUGGAGCGCUGAGUAAAGAGCCCACCUCUCCUGUUGUCCCACCAUCUGUCACAGACAUCAGGCCCAGAUCAUUCUCAGCUCUGGGGGAAGCCAACGCAGUGACCUCCAGUGCCAAGCAACCAAACAAGGAGGACCAAAAGAAGAUGACAUUCAGGUCUCUGAUGAAAGCUAUCAUCAGCAUGCCGAGCCACUACCGCUACCUGUGCAUCAGUCACCUGCUGGGGUGGACAGCUUUCCUCUGCAACAUGCUCUUCUUCACUGAUUUCAUGGGACAGAUUGUUUAUAAAGGAAACCCUUAUGCAGACCACAACUCCACAGCUUAUGCCACGUAUGAGAGAGGAGUAGAGGUCGGCUGCUGGGGUCUGUGUAUUAAUGCCGUGUCCUCUGCUCUUUAUUCAUAUGUGCAGCGCUUCCUCCUCCCUUACAUCGGCCUGAAGGGAUUAUACUUCAUGGGCUACUUUGUCUUCGGCAUGGGAACCAGCCUGAUUGGCCUCUUCCCGGAUGUUAUUGCCACGCUCAUCCUCUGCAGUGUGUUUGGGGUCAUGUCCAGCACGCUCUACACCAUCCCGUUCAAUCUGAUAGCAGAGUAUCAGCGUGAAGAAGAGGAGCAGUUGAAACCACGAGGAAGCAAUAAAAUCUCCAGAGGAACCGGGAUGGACUGUGCGGCACUCACCUGUAUGGUCCAGCUGGCUCAGAUCCUUGUGGGCGCCGGACUGGGAGCUCUGGUCAACGUAGCAGGAAGUGUCAUUGUAGUGGUCCUGUCAGCCUCAGCCAUGUCCCUGAUUGGUUGCAUCUUCAUCGCUUUCUUCAUCAGAUAUGUGGAAUAAAACUACACAGAAAUAAUUGUACUGGUGCUGCUUUCUUAAAUAAAAUGUCUUUAUUGUAUCCUUUAAA